CGGCGUCGGGCCCGACGGCGCGUGCGCGCUGCGGGGCCGGCCGGGUGCCUAGGGGGCGGGGCGGGGGCCUGGGUGGCCUCUUUGCCUCUCUGCGCCGCCCGGACGCCGCGCAGGCCGCCGGCACCAUGAAGAUCUGGACUUCGGAGCACGUCUUUGACCACCCCUGGGAGACCGUGACGACAGCCGCGAUGCAGAAGUACCCGAACCCGAUGAACCCGAGCGUGGUGGGCGUGGACGUGCUGGACAGACACGUGGACCCUUCUGGAAAGCUGCACAGCCAUCGACUCCUCAGCACGGAGUGGGGCCUGCCUUCCAUUGUGAAGUCUCUGAUCGGUGCGGCAAGAACCAAGACAUACGUGCAGGAACAUUCUGUGGUUGAUCCCGUGGAGAAAACGAUGGAGCUUCAGUCCACCAACAUUUCGUUUACAAAUAUGGUUUCCGUAGAUGAGAGACUCACUUAUAAACCACAUCCUCAGAACCCAGAAAAGACUGUCCUGACCCAAGAGGCCAUCAUCUCUGUGAAGGGAGUCAGCCUCAGCAGCUACCUGGAAGGGCUGAUGGCGAGCACCAUCUCGUCGAACGCCAGCAAGGGCCGAGAAGCCAUGGAGUGGGUGAUACACAAGCUGAACGCCGAGAUUGAGGAGCUGGCGGCGUCGGCCAGAGGCGGCAUGCGGACCCCACUGGUGGCGGCGGCGCUUGCGGAGAAGUGACGGAAGGUGGUGUGCAGCGCCCAGUUCUCCGGGUCUCAGCUGGCUGGCGUUCUAUUUAUUCAUUAUUUAAAAAAUACAACUAAAACAAACAGAAAAAUAUAGCUGUAUUUUAGGUAGGAUUUUUUUAAUAAGCUGAAGAAAGGCUACAUGACUUGAUAAAAACCGAGAUACAGGGCUUGUGAAUAAAAGGGGACAUCUGAAAUUGUUAGUGUCGUGUGGAAUGACUGACUGGUCCUGAAGAUUCCAGUAUUUAUGUGGGAAUUUAGUUUCUGAAAAGUGCUUGGAAAUUGGUGUUAGCAUAUUAAGUGCCCUUCCUGUGGAGUUCAAAGCUUUCCCGCACCGGCGCGCUGCCUGGCUUCGGGCCAGCCCCCGAGCGAAGCAGAGCCCUCUGGACAGGCUCGUGGUCCGCUCCCAGAGGGUCUCGCGUGCAGGGAAAGUGGGGUGGCUUUCAGAGGUGUAUCAGGUUUGCAUAAAGCGACCUGCUCUGCUAUAAACCACCGUUAAACACCAGUGUUUUAAUCUGGCACUUCAAUGACAUUUUCAGAGUGAAAAUUACCACUCAAGUAUAACCCCAGCAAAAGUAGGGUUUUGUUCUGUUAAAGAGUGCUGCAUGGAUUCGUCAGAGUUUUGUAACUUUGCAAAGUCAUUACCUUCCUUGGAUUUGUACUUCAUGAGUUAGUAUUCCAUGUCGUGGGCUGGUUAUGUUAACUGGAAAAAUAAAGUAAUUACCAGAAUUGUGCAGCACUCUAAACUUAAACAGAAGAACAGCUGUUCACAUCUUGGAGCAUUUCACAUUUGCCUAACUUAUAAAUUGCCAUGUGUCAAAAUCAAGGUUCUGUAAUUGCUAAAGCAUGGUAUGUCAGGUUAUUUGAAUAUAAUUACUUUUUGAAGUGAUUGUGACCGCAAAACAUCUUUUUUUACAUGAGGAGCUGUACAUCAUUUGAAAUUAUUCAAAUAAUGUCUUGAUCUGAGGCAUAAAUCCCAGCGCUUAAUGUCUUCCAUGACAGCACGCCAUGCAGAGGCUGGGGGCGGUGGGGGCGAGAAGAGCGCAGGAGGGGGAGAAGCGCUGACCUCACGAACCCCAGCGCGGCCUGCCCUCCAGCUUUUUUUUACGAGGAGCCCUCACUUGGGGUGCCAAAGGCCAGCUGCGCGCUGAAAACAAUCCAGCGAGGGUAUUUCAGUGCGCGUUUUGUAGCAGUUAAUUAUCGACCAGUAAAAAAUACCUUUCAUACUUGUCAGUUGUUGCUUAGAGAGUAUUUUUGUUAAAAGGUGAUUAGCUCUUGCCUUUAUUUUACAAUGCUUAAUGUAAUAAAUUUCUUGUCAGAAACCAGGUAACAUGUACAUAAACCACAGGAAUAGUAUACCAAGCUAUGGAAAAAUUAGUGAUUCUCUACUUAAAAUAUCGUCUAGCUUAAGAUUUCUUAGGGCAUUUGUAAAAACAAGUGAAAUUCAAUAACAUAUUUUAUUAUUUUUUUGUAACCAGAAAUGGUUUUUACCGUUGAAAUAACUUUUCAGCUAAACAGAACAUUGCUAAAUACUGAUAUUUAAUAAAAAAAAAGUUGCCUUGUUUAAUUUCUGUAAAUUAUACUUGUUCCGAGAAAAGUGUAAUGAAUGCCCAGAUGAUAAAGAGAUUUAACAAAUUUU